AUGACGAAUAGCAAUUAUACGUAUUCUCAGAUGGAUGUGUUCAUUACCAUUGGCGACGAAGACGACGACUCGACUGUUGACUCUCUGGCUGCUCCGACGGCUGCCCUAGAGGGCUGCGCUCCACCCCCGAAGGAGUAUCGUGAAGGCGGCUCAUCCCCUCGGGAAGGAAAUCGCUCCCCGUGGACAAAAUCCCCCCUUGUGGAACCUUUGCCUCCUCCUGAAGCUGUUAAUGGCAUGGUGGAAUUGACGAUCCCAGAUGAGAUCUUGACUGAUCCAAACCCUUUGUGGAGAUGCUAUGUGGUUAGGUAUUUCAUUGGGGAUGCUCCUCAUGUCGGAUCCAUCCACGCUACGGUGAACCGACUCUGGUCUUCGCCGAAGAUGGGAAGUAAAAUUGAUGUGCAGUUUCUGGAGAAGAACACGGUUUUAUUUCGGAUUGAGAAUUCUCAGAUGAGAGCUCGAGUGAUUCAGAGGCGCUACUGGCAUAUUUCAGAUAUUCCAUUGGUAGUCAACGAGUGGUCUCCGGAAUCGGCCCUUCAGCCUCCGGAUCUGUCGGCCAUACCCAUUUGGAUUGAUCUUAAGGGCGUGCCGAGUAUGCUUUUCUCUCAUAAGGCUCUGAAAUGUUUGAGUCGUGCUGCUGGCAAAUUUGUCAAACUUCACCCUAGUACAGAGAAAUGUGUGAGGCUUGACGUGGCUCGAGUUCUUGUUGAGAUUGACCUCCAUAAGCCGCUGGUGGAGAAGAUCAGCUUUGUGGACAAGGAUGGUGUGCAAGUGGUGAUUGAUGUAUGUUACCCCUGGUUGCCUCCUAGGUGCAACAUCUGCAAUGCUUGGGGCCACAAGGGAGAGAGCUGUAAUUCGAGGAAGAUAAAGGUGAGGUAUGCGAUCAUCCCGAACCGCAAUGUUGUAAGUGACUUGCUCCACGAGCUUGAGGUUCUCCCUCCAGCUUUGGGAAGUAAUGUGGUGGGAGAUAAGUCACGUGAAAAUUUUGAGGUUGGCGGUACUUCGAGUGGGGAUAUGAAUACUGAUGCUUUGAAGCUUGACUGGGCCCUGGUAGGUAGAAAUUCUUCUCCACCUACUGAUAGGGUAAGGGUUAGAGGGGCAAAAGAAGUUGAUCAAGUGGAGAGGGAUAUAGUGAUCUCACCGUCCAGAUUCAGUGUUCUAGCGAUAAAGGAUAAUGAGGAGAGAGAUGGGGAUGCAGAUGACGACAUAGAGGAGGGAGAGGUUGUUUCAGAGGUGCAAAAGGUGGAUGCAAAGAAAGACACAACCAAGAACGUGAGGUUUCGUGCCGGAACGAGCCUCAAGCUUAGUAAACAACUCCCUGGGCGUGAGAAGUUAGAAGAUGGGUACAUGCAGAGAAGUUUCUUUUUGGAUGUUUACUGGAAACUCGAGUUCAAUUGGAUAAGUAUGGAGAAUGCGUCGCAGAGGCACUACCAGGGUGGCUUCGCUGAUAAAGUGGUGGUCACUCAGUUGCAUAUCAGCUCUCAGGUAAUAACUUGUGCGGUCCAGGUACCUGAAACAAGUGAGCAGUUUAUAUGUUCGACAGUCUAUGCGUCGAAUUGUGAAGUGGAAAGGAGGAGACUGUGGGAGGAGCUAAGGGGCACUCAGGCUGCAUAUCGACAUCUUGACAUGCCUUGGAUAGUAAUAGGGGACUUCAAUGUUACCCUUUCUACAGGAGAGCAUUCUCGCGGUACUGUUCCUCGAUCUCUUCUUGGAAUGAGGCAGUUUCAGGAUGUUGUGAUGGACUGUGCUUUAACAGAUCUGGCUUCUUCGGGGGCUCUGUUUACCUGGUGGAACAAACAAUAUGUAUAUCCUAUUGGUAAGAAACUUGAUCGAGCGUUGAUAAAUGCGGCAUGGCUUAGGUCUUUCCCUCAAUCUUCUGCUUGCUUUGAGGCUGGUGGUAUAUCUGAUCACGCACGAUGUGUGGUCACGAUAUCAGGAAACCUUAAUGAGACAAGAAAUCCUUUCCGUUUUUCAACUACCUCUGUGAUCACCCUGAUUUUCUUCCUACGGUUAAGCGAAUAUGGGACUCGACACAACCUAUUCAUCACUCUAGGGCUGCACUGA